AAGGUGCUGUCCAGUCUGGUCACAGUGUGGCUUUUGAGCCUGUCCUUAGCGGAGACCGAAGGAAAUGGAGCCACGGGAAUGGAAGCCCAAGUAGCAGGCGCAUGCAAUAUCGGCCAACUCUACUGCUUCCACCAAGUAGUCGACGACUUGAGUGGGUACUACCUCCCGCAAUAAGUGGACACGGCUUCUUACAGCCUCACAGAUUACUCUCUGGACGAACUUGUCCGCACUUAUUGCAAUCAAGUCAACGACCCAGCAUCUUCGUACCAAUAUGCUUCCUCAUGUGGUGCGAGUUGGAUAAAGUGCAACGCCGGAACUUGUGGCAAAUCGCCACAUGCGUUUCAGAAACUAAGGUGGAUUCCACGGUGGGGAGAUCGAUUUGGCAGUCGAGCAUCUAGAGAUCCCAGCGUCCUUGCGGCAGAAAGAGGCCUUAAUAAUACAUCGGCCGUUCAGUUGGUGCAUGAAGGUCACCGGAAGCU